UUAAAACAAACCCAAACACAAAAUAUGACCGUUGGGACGCUCCUCUUAUAUCAAAUCAAACCGUCUCAAAACAAAAGCCUGAAAAGCAAAGCGUACAUUCAAAAGAGAGAAGCCAAAACGAAAAGCAGAGGAGCCUCACACAUAUCAAAUCAGAAGAUUAAUCAUAUUCCCCAUCUUUCUUCUUCUUCUUAACCUUCGUCUAGCUUGUUCUUCUCUUCAUUAAUGUCAAAGAUGAAGUCUGAUCGUAGGCCUCCACUUGCCAAAUCGCCGAUCCGGCUCCGUCCCCGUCGAGUCCUCCAAUCAAGUUCCAGUUCUGUACAAACUCCUCCAGGUUCUUUAACAAAAUCCCAGAAACCAAAUCUGACACGGGAAAUGGAAGAAUCGGAUCUUCGAUCCGAAAAUCACACCAUGUCCUGUGAGUUACGGGCUCUAGCGAGGAUGGUUCAAGACGAACUUGGAAAUGCAAGUUCAACAAGUGUGGGGCUGAGUAACAAUUCGAGCACUAACUCGAGUCCCCUGUUUGAGAGAGGAAGGUUUUAUGAGGUGUACUCUGCAAGGAGAAACGAGAGGCUGAAGAGAAAGAAAGGAGAAACAGAGGAAGAGGGAAAGACUCCGUAUCAUCUUGGAGUGACCGUUGAGUCCUCAAAGAAAAGGGAUUCGAAGAAAUUAGAAAGCUUGAGGAAAUCGGUGUCUGCUGCUUAUUCUGUAGAGAGAAGCGCGAAUCCUCGGUAUUCAUUGAGAAGCUUGAGCAAAGAGAACAAGAAACCUCCUCUGCCUUUCAAUGUUGAGAAAUCUGUGUGUCCAAGUGAAAGGAAAGUUGGGACCCGAAGGGUUAGGAAAAUCUGACCGUUAAGUGGGAUUUUAGGAGUUCUUUUGUUAUGUUGCUAUCUUGUUUUUUGGAUUUAGGAUCAACUGGAUCUGAUUUCAUUUGUGUUCAAAUUGAUUAGUGGUUUUUCUGGUUUUCCGGUAAAAUAUUUGGACAAACUUUGAUGUCUGCGGUAAAUAGUUUAUCUCAGUCUCUGCUUUUGCAUGAGAUAUUCAGAUAUCAAGUGGUUGUGCAUAUAUUCCUUCACCGUUAUAUGAUCUUAGAAUCAGUUAAUCCAAAUGCCAUUGCUGUCACAAA